GACCCUGUUGUUAUUUAAUAAGCAAGAGAUCCAAUGAACGGAGAGCUAGUCAAACAAUGAUGGCUACCAGAGGUCCACACCAUACAAGAAGCUGUAAAGAGAGAAAAAAAAAAAGCUGCCUAAUCUACAUCAAAAAUGAAGCUUUUCGGCUGGAUGCAAAACAAGCUUAAUGGCAGUAAACAAGGGAACAAGAAACCUGUAACUAAUACAGUUUCAUCCUCUACUCAGCAUGUGAGACAGGAUUCUCGAGAGGAAUUCAGUGACUGGCCACAUGGUUUAUUGGCAAUUGGAACUUUCGGCAACAACGAAAUAAAAUCAUCAGCAAAUCUUGAAAUCCAAAAUGCUGAACAAGUAGAACAAGAAGAAGAAAGAGAAGUAAUGUCUUCACCUGAUGAUUUACAAGAUUACACACCAGAAGAGAUUGGAAAAUUACAGAAAGAGCUAACAAAGCUAUUAUCAAGAAAACCAAAUUCUGAUAAAGAAAAAGAAGUUUCUAAAAAUCUUCCAUUGGAUAGAUUUCUGAAUUGUCCAUCAAGUUUAGAAGUUGACAGAAGAAUUAGCAGUCAUACAGCUACAAGUGACAUGGAUGAUAAUGAAGAGGACAUUGAGAGGACGAUUAGUGUUAUACUUGGAAGAUGCAAAGAUAUUUGUGAGAAAAAGAAGAAGAAAAAGAAAGAUAUUGGCAAGAAAUCUUUAUCUUUUCUUCUCAACAAAAUGUUUGUUUGCAGAAGUGGGUUUGCUCCACAACCUAGUUUGAGAGACACUUUUCAAGAAUCAAGAAUGGAAAAGCUUUUGAGGACAUUGCUUCACAAGAAGAUGAACCAUCAAAAUUCUUCUAGAGCAUCAUCAAUGAAGAAAUAUAUUGAGGAUAAUAACAAACAGAGUUUGGAAAAGGAAAAAGAAGAUGGGAAAAGGGAGAAAACUUAUGAGCAUGGAUCUAAAUGGGACAAGACAGAUUCUGAAUAUAUUGUGUUAGAGAUUUGAAUGAGCCAACAAAAUUAUGUCAAUACUAUAUCACAAUACAAAAUUACAUAUGUUCGGACUUGGAGAUCAUAAAGCCUAUGAGAAUUUCGUCAAGGGUUGCACAAACAAUUAGUCAGUAAUAACUACAAAAUAGAGUGGAUUAAUAUGUCCUUUUUUCAUGGUUGCAUUGAGUGAAUUCAGUGCAAUACAUGUUAUGAAUCUAUCAUUCGCCAAGGAUUUAUGUAUGUACUAGCUUAAGCUAGUCAAUCUCUACAUUUUUUGGGUCAUAUUCCAUCAUACUUCUAAUUAGUUUUUAGCCAUAGUCUACUCUCUUUGUAAUAUAUUUUGACAUGAAUAAAAUUAAUACAUUUUAUUGUA